AUGGGGCAUGUUAGCUCAGCAUACAUCGACGACUCUUAUUUGCAAGGUGAUAGUUACAGAGAAUGCUAUAACAAUGUUGUUGACACUGUGCGGCUGUUUUCUUCAUUGGGGUUUUGUGUACAUCCCGACAAAUCAGUAUUUACACCAACGCAACAACUGGUUUUUCUAGGAUUUAUUUUAAACUCAAACACGAUGACAGUUGUGCCUACUGAUGAAAAGAAAGAGAAAAUUGUCUCUGUUUGUUCUGCGGUUUUAGCUAAAACUGAGUCAAUAGUAACACUAGUUUCCAACUUCCCCGGGGCUGAAUUUGGACCAUUACACUAUAGGGAACUCGAACAAGAAAAAUAUUUUGCCCUUGUUCUGUCUAAAGGAAACUAUGCCGGGCCCAUGAGUUUAUCAACGCGUGCUGUCUCUGAGAUAAGGUGGUGGUUAUAUAAUGUACAAAAUCUCAAACGUGACAUUGUGCGGGACAAUCCUGACAUUGUUAUUAAAUCGGAUGCUUCUAACCUUGGUUGGGGUGCUAUAUACGGAGAGCAAAAAGCGGGAGGGCGAUGGAUGUCCUCUGAGGCYACGCUGCACAUCAACGUUCUGGAAUUAAAGGCGGCCUUUUUUGCACUGAAAUGCUUUUGCUCUAACUUAGACACUCAACAUGUACGUAUCUUUAUCGAUAACACCACAGCAGUAUCCUACAUUAAYAAUAUGGGAGGUUCUAAAUCUGUUUUUCUUAACUCCCUUGCCAUUAAAGUGUGGGAUUGGUGUAUCGCUAGGAACCUGUGGGUUUCUGCGGUGCAUAUCGCAGGAAAACUCAACAUCGAAGCGGAUGAAAAGUCGCGAAAGUUUAAUGACAAACAUGAGUGGCGGAUUAACGAACAAUGUUUCAACGAGAUUAUCGAAUUGUUCCCUACAGUUAACAUUGAUAUGUUUGCUAGCCGGCUAAACAAUAUGCUUGACCCUAAUCCCGAAAUGCCUAUCCAAGAUAACACAAGACAAAGCUCGUGGAAUACUGAUUGCUCCAUUAUGGCCAACUCAGACAUGGUUCCCAACACUACUACAGCAGUUAUAUCGACAACCGUGGAUCUACGCUCCGAGAAUGGACCUACUGCGACACCCGUCACGCAACGAACCACAUCCACUGUGUCGGAAACUAUGCCUGAUGGUAUGUCCCUUAUCAGGGAACACUAUGGAAACUUGGGCAUUCCAGCAAACGUUACCGAAGUGCUCUUGGCCUCUUGGAGACCAUCCACUCAAAAACAGUACAACACGUACCUCCGGAGGUGGAUGGCGUUUUGUAAUCAUUCACCAACGGUAAACGACACUCUUAAAUCCCUCAUGAAACUUUAUCAAGAGGGCGUCAGUUACUCAACGCUUAACACUGCACGCUCCGCUUUGUCUACCGUAGUUAAUAUAAAAGACUUCGGUAACAACCCAAUUGUUACCAGAUUUAUGAAAGGAAUUUUUGAGUUGCGUAAACCCACGCCUAAAUACACAGAAAUAUGGGAUGUGUCAAUCGUUUUACGUUAUCUGUCAGGACUCUAUCUUUAUGAAUCAUUAACACUUAAGAAUUUGACACUUAAAUUACUUAUGUUAUUGUUACUAGUAUCAAGCCAAAGAGGUCAGACAAUUCAUUUACUGCACAUAAAUAAUCUAGUUCCUUCAGAGGACAAAUAUGUUUUUCAUGUACUCGACCAUACAAAAACCAGUAAACCAGGAAAGCCUUACGAUAUACUUCAGAUUUGUGCCUAUGAAAUUUACCCAAAUAAUUGUCCUUUAGCAUGUCUUAAGGAAUACAUAAACAGAACCAAGCAGCUUAGAGGAAGCGAAACCAAGUUAUUCAUCAGCUAUGUGAAACCGUUUAAGCCCGUAUCUAGAGACACGAUCUCCAGAUGGACAAAGACUGUCCUUGAUAAAAGUGGYGUCGAUACUAACGUCUAUAAAGCACAUAGUACUAGAGCAGCGUCGACAUCAAAGGCCAGCAGAGGAAACGUACCAAUAGAUCAAAUAAUGGCUAAUGCUGGCUGGAAGUCAGCGGAAACGUUUUACAAAUUUUACGAUAAACCAGUUGAAUCUAGUACUAGCAUCACGGAUGUUCAUGUUCGUCUUUGGAUAUGUGCUGGCCAAAUGACCUGUGUAUGCGGUGCAGCAAUACGAGAGGGAAAAGACGUCAUAGUUAUAUCUAUGUGUAACAAAAUGAAAGAUUCAGUGCCUACAAUACUAAGGACUCUCAAACGAAGUCCUGGAAGUCUAUCGAAAGGAAUACAAAUCACUAAGAAGAUCAGUGGUUCAUCAUUGGAGCAGGAGCAAGCUGGCGUCUUAAAGAAGGGAAGAGCUUUUUUGAGGUUCUCCCUGAACAAGAACUUCAAGAACAAGUUGAACAAGGAAGAUCCUGCUAUUGUGGCAUCGAAGGUGAAACAAAACAGGAUGAAAGAUGUGAUGACAACGCAAACCUUUUCACAAGAAUCGACGCUACUCAGAUAG